CCCCGCUGCUCAAGUAAUCCGACACGGUAAACCCAGAAUCCGGCUCACACCCUCAUCACCCAUUAAAUGACACCGUGAGAAAAAUAAUGUAACCAACGAUGCAGAGGCGCCCUGGGAGUAGGCGGAGGCGGCGGCUUUCAAUGUCACAAGAAAGAUUUCUUUGGAAAUGUUGGUGACGUGAGUGAACCAGAGAAGAUUGUGGUUCAGAGCGCGGAGCGUCAGUUACUGCAGUGAAGGCCGACUGAACACCCAACGUUAUUUAUUUAGUUUACAUUGCAUAAAGAGUCGCUAACGAAAAGGAUGGCAUUCUCCAUAUUCGUGGUACUGACCUUUCAUAUACUGGCAUUCUCCACUCUACCUGUCCAGCCUCAAACAGAAUGUAACCAGUACAUACCCAAUGUGUAUUCCAGCAGCGUGUAAUGAGGAGUGCGAGUACAUAUACAACCCGGUGUGUGGCAACGACGGCUUCUCAUACCCCAACCUCUGCUUCCUCCAGCGGGCUAGCUGCCAGAACGCCUCCCUAAGGCUAGCCAAAUUCGGUCCCUGUACUGUGCCCGACCCUUGCUUCUAUUUGUGUGACCGCUCGUCCAAGCCGGUGUGUGGGUCGGACGGUGUCACCUACAACAGUCCUUGUGUCUUGCUCUACUACUCCUGCUACUACACCGGCAGGAACCUCGUCAUGCGUCACGCCGGAUCCUGCAGGGUGGAGCGCCCUUGCCCUACCACCUGCCCUGGGACCAAGGCGCCCGUGUGUGGGUCUGACGGCAGGACCUACACCAACCAGUGCUUCCUCACCCGGGAAGCGUGUGCUGGUCGGAGUGUCACCCUGGCCAAGGAAGGUCCCUGCACUUCAGCUGCUUGUCCACAAAUAUGCACCAGAGAGUAUGUGCCUGUGUGUGGCUCCAACGGGCUGACGUACCCCAACCAGUGCGUCCUGGACAGCAAGAUAUGCGAAGGUCUACAAAUUACCAAGUCCUAUGAUGGUAUCUGCAAUCCAUCCGUGUGUCGUCAAAUAUGUACAAGGGAGUACGUGCCGGUGUGUGGGAGUGACGGCUUGACGUACUCUAACCAGUGCGUGAUGGAGAGCAAGGCUUGCACCGGCCCACGGGUCACCAAAGCCUAUGACGGCCGCUGCACAGAUCUGGGGCAGCAGCCACAGCAACCCUGCAACAUCGCCUGCCCCGUCAACUACGCCCCCGUGUGUGGCAAUGAUGGCAAGACCUACGGCAACGAAUGUGCUCUGCGGGCAGCCUCCUGCAGGAACCCUACCAUCACCAAGAUCAGCAACGGUGAAUGUGGUACACGGCAGCAGCCAUGUCCGGACGCCUGUCCUGCUUCGUAUUCCCCCGUGUGCGGCAGCGACGGUAACACAUACACCAACGAGUGUGUCCUCAAGGCAGCAAGUUGUCGUAACUCCUCACUUACUCUCAGCUACCCUGGACAAUGUGAUCAACUCGAGCAGCGGCCAUGCCCGAGGCCCACCUCCUGCUCCACCAGAUACGACCCAGUGUGUGGUAAUGACGGCACCACCUACAGCAACAUGUGCUCCCUCGACGCCGCCGCCUGCCUCAACCCCGCCAUCACCAAGCGCUACAACGGAGAAUGUUACGAGAGAGGAUCGGGCUCCUCUUCCUCCACCUGCCCCACCUCCUGCGGCACUGAGUAUGUUCCUGUUUGUGGCACUGACGGCGUCACCUACGAUAGCCAGUGCCAACUUGAUCGCGUCUCGUGCCGCGAUGCCUUGGUCACAAAGAGGAAUGAUGGCCCUUGUGCUUCGUCAGGGGGAUCCUCUGGAGGAUCUUCCUUGUGUACGCAAGCCUGCCCCAUUACCUACGCCCCAGUGUGUGGCAGUGAUAGAGUUACCUACAGCAACGCCUGCACCUUCGGCAACGCCGUGUGUAAAGACACCUCCCUCACCAAGCUCUAUGAUGGACCAUGCAGAAACUGAACGGAACUUCCUCCACUCCACUGCUAGUUUCACCAGUGUCAACGAUGCUCUGGCACUCCCGGUUGACUCACCAACGAGGACCCACCACAACACUAAACUCAUACUCAUGAUGUACUCAGCGCCAUGGUUUUAUUUC